AUGUCAUAUGCCUUGCGCAGAAUUGAUAAUAUUUCCAGACAUUUGGGCGCAAGCUUUAUUAAUGAGCAAGUGUCAACUUCAGAGUUGGAGGCCAAUCCAGUGGUUGGCAAGGUGGAUAUGGUUGAUCAGUUGAAGCCAAGCAUCAAGCCAAUUCGCUACAGAGAGUUCAAGGAUGACUUCCCAGUUGCCUUGAAGACCUGUCUCUCAAAGACUUUUGAGCAAUCAUUCGAUCAACCAUCCAACCAGAUGAACCUUCUCAAGCCUUUGGCCAAGACUAUCAUGUUUGAUCUCUACUCCAAGAAGUUGGCCGGCCACUUCUCACAGAAGCAAUCCUUUGCCAGAGCUUACUGCAUUGGCACCAAGGCCCUCUACUCAAAGCAUGCCGUCAACACAAUGAUGCAAUGCAACAACAUGGUCGGUGGCAACCACUUUGACCUGAUCUACAGUGACACCACUGCCGAGAUGAUCCAAUUCUACACUCUUGCCAUGCAGCAGCCAAACAACAGACAGACCCCAACCAUGGUCAACAACAACCAGAACCCAAGAGAGCUCUUCUUCAACCUCAAGCAACUCGCCAACUUGUUCAAUGUCCGUGACAUUGAGAAGACCAACGAGCUUAGAACCCGCACCAAGUAUGGACCAAUGGCCGCCGCCAUCGCCCAUCUCGAGUCCAAGAUGCUCAAUGAUGUGAUCCAGGACGACAUGGUGAACUACCAUCCAUUGAGAAGUUUGAUCAUCUUGGACAGCCUCGUCAAGAUUCAAGAUGACAUUGCCUGGAUCGUCUCCAAGGGAAUCAUCUCGCCAGAGUUUGCCGCUGCAGUACCAUUCUUGGUCAAUGAAGUUUGCUCCAGUUUGGUUCCACACGCAGCCAAGAUCUUCAAGUCACUCGACUGUUAA